GAAAUCCUGGAGAUGGAUCUCUUAGGAGACUGUCUUCAAGUUGGGUUAGAUGCCAAGGAAAAAUGGAUCCCUCCAGCUACCUGGAAGAAGACUAUUCCAGCUUGGAUGGGCUGGAUGAUGACGUGUUUCACUCUGAUGACUUUGGACUCACAGGUCAGCCUGGUGAGAUGACCUCUACUGGCAUUUUCACACAGAACCAGUCCUACAGCUGCCUUUUGGGGAGAUUUCAACUUUUCCCGCUCACUCACUGCUGUGGUCCUGGCAGCAGGCAUGCUGAGCAGCAGGAUAAGGCAACUCAAACACUCAACCCAUCCUCUUCCAGUCAGGAUGUAAUGUUGCCUUGUGGAGUCACUGAAGAGCCCCAGAGACUCUUCUAUGGGAACGUUGGGUACCGUUUACGUGUUCCCCCAGUUGGCUUUGCGCUGAGUCCACACCUCCAAGAGGAACAUCAGGAAGGUCACCAAGAAGUACGUGCUGAGGUCCAAAUUGCACGGAAAUUACAGUGUAUUGCAGACCAGUUCCACCGGCUCCACGUACAAAGGCAUCAGCAGAACAGAAAUCAAGUGUGGUGGCAGAUACUUCUCUUCCUACAUAAUUUGGCCCUAAAUGUGGAGGCAAACAGGAAUCCAGCAGGUCAGAGUUCUUGAAACCUGAGCCAGUAAUCAUAAAGUGACUAUCCAAAAGUAGCUGCAAACUGCCAUGACUAGGACAAUGUGCAGGUAGAGGAUGCAACAGAUUUCUGAGAGAUGAAGUGGCCACUGGUAAUAUGUGGGCUGCAGACUUCUCUCAAGGUACUGAUGGUCUCUGCUAGGUAUGGACUUCUGCAUAACUUACUGUGUGUAUUAACUGUUACUGUUCUAUUUGUUUGUCGUUAUUUCUUUGGAAUCUAUUUUCCUUUUGUAUCAAGUCUGUCUGUCAUUUUCGGACAAUUCAAGCAGCCUGCUAGCAGUAAGUACUUGUCAGUGUUCUUGAUGUCUGAACUCUUGUUGGGAGGCAGGCUCUUGAGUGAACCAUUCUUGUGAGCCUUUUCUUAAGCUUUGUAUCAAGAAGGUGGUAGGGGGAAAGCAAACCAAUCCUCUGUGAUAGAACCAGGACACUAGUGAACACUUUUUUUUCUUCUGACUGGCUUCUGGGAAGAACUAAUAGCCUUUGCUCCUUCAAGCUUCAAACAAAGCUUGAAUAAAUGAUGUCUGAGAUGUGACUAGUCUUAGACCCCCAUGAUGCCAUUUCAGCUUCAGUGGCUGUGUCCACAGAAGACGUUUACUGUGGAGUAGACUAAUUAGCUCCACAGUAAACAUCAUGCGUCUGUACAUCCUCCCCUAUUAGGCUGGAGUAAAUUAACUCUGCAGCAGGAUAGUACUUGU